AUAUUAGUUUGGCCACUCUUCUUCUUCUUCUUCCUCUUCGCUCUCUCUCGCUAGCCAUCUUUUUGUGUAUAGUCAACCAUUUUCUCCUCUCUCCAAUUCAUCCUCCAGUAAGAAACGAUCUGGAAAAAUAAAAUAGAGAUGAUCAGUGAUCGGUCGGAGUUCAGAGUUCAUAUUCGGAGAUUAUUUGUCAUUAUGAUCAGAAUGUCCUACAGAUGGAUUUGCAAUCAUCCCUUUCUUCUGGGCUUCGUUGGGUUUUUGUAUUUUCUACACAGAUACUGUCCUCUUCUGUUUUCUCCCUUGGUGACUGCAUCUCCUGUUUUGGUGUGUACUUUCGUUUUGCUUGGCACGAUUUUGAGUUUUGGAGAGCCAAACAUUCCUGAAAUCGAGAAAGAACCGGAAACUACUGUCCACGAGGCUGCUCUUUUUAGAACAGAGGUAUCGAGAGAUGCUAAUGCCACUGUUUUUGAGAGAGGUGAUAAGAGUUUUACGGUUGAGAGUUUUGUGGGCAAGGAGAAAGACGUAGUUGAGGAUGGAAAUGAUGAUGCUGAUAGAGUUGGGGAAAACCAACUCAGUGAGGUUGAGGACGAUGGUCGACCGUUUGAUUAUAGGCCUUUACUUGAUGAGACUCUUGAUGAGGUUAAACGGGACACUCAGGUCAGGUUUGAGGAAAAAGCAUUUAUUUUGGACUUGGAGAAGAGGAGAGAAAGAGUUGAGGAGAAAUUGAUUGAAAAUGAUGGGAUGCAUGGUUCGGGUGCAGAACAAUCAAGGGAAAAUGGUGGAUCUUUAGAUGAAAUGAUAGAUGAUUCAAAGGAAGAUCAGUUGGAUAUAUCUCCAGUUUCACCUUGGAGACCAAUGAGGCAUGAGGAGGAUGAUGAUGAUGAUGCAGACCGUGAUGACUCGCUGGAUUCUGAAUCUGAUGGUGCAGAAAGCUCUUCACCUGAUGCUUCUAUGACAGACAUCAUCCCAAUGCUUGACGAGCUUCACCCGCUUUUACACUCAGAUGCCCCAACUCGUGGUAUCCCAGAUGGUGAAGGAUCAGAUGCAGCUUCAGAGGGGCCACAUAGGAGUAGUAGUGAUGAAGGGAUGGAGACUGAUGUUGACAGUGAAAGUCAAGGAGAAGAAGGCGACAAUGAGAAUGAUGAGGAGGAAGAGGAUGAAGAAGAAGAAGAGGAAGAAGAAGAAGAAGAAGAAGAAGAAGAAGAGCAAGAGGAAAAGAAAAUAGAAAAGGACGAUGAAAGUAAAUCAGCAAUCAAAUGGACAGAAGCUGACCAAAGAAAUGUUAUGGAUCUAGGAAGUCUCGAACUUGAAAGAAACCAACGCUUGGAGAAUCUUAUUGCCAGGAGAAGGGCUCGCCACAAUAUGAGACUGAUGGCAGAGAGAAAUCUUAUUGAUUUUGACAGUGCUGAUAUUCCCUUUAAUAUGCCACCAAUCUCAACUGCAAGGCAGAAUCCAUUUGAUGUUCCAUAUGAUUCGUACGAUGAUUUGGGAUUACCACCUAUCCCUGGAUCUGCCCCGUCCAUUAUGUUUGCGAGGAGAAACCCAUUUGAUCUUCCAUAUGAGCCAAAUGAAGAAAAGCCAGACCUCAAGGGUGACGGUUUCCAGGAAGAGUUCUCUUCUCAACAACCUAAGGAUCCAGUGUUCAGAAGACAUGAAAGUUUCAGUGUGGGCCCAUCAAUGCUUGGAGGUCCCAGGCAUGAUAGGCUACGACCCUUCUUUGUGCUAGAAAGAUUAGCAAAUGAGGGAUCGAGCUAUUAUCCAUUUGAAAGGCAGCUCAGUGAAGUUAGUGAAUCAAAAGUAAGUUCUGUUCCUGAUACUGAAUCUGUGUGCACAGUCCUGGAAGAUGAUGAAAAAAAGGUGGAUGGACAUGAUGCUGAUCGAGAAACUGAAAUUGGUAAAGAUGAUAUGGCUUCUGACCAUGAUGAAGAAAAAAGCCAUUCAGCUUCUGACCAUGAUGAAGAAAAAAGCCAUUCAGCUUCUGACCAUGAUGAAGAAAAAAGCCAUUCAGCCUCUGACCAUGAUGAAGAAAAAGGCCACUCGUCUGAAGAUUCCGACUUCGAUGAACGUGCUGAUAGCAGAAAUCUUCAUCAUGAUGUGGCUGAGAUAAUACUGGGACGUGCGGAAACACAUGAAGAGCAAUCAAACAUGAUGGAAGGAGAAACUUCUGAUAAGAGAAAACUUGAUGAAGAGGAUUACACUGAUAGUGAUUCAUCUUUAUCAGAGAAAGAGGAAAAGAUACCGGGUAUUAGUGACGAUGAAGCAAUGUCGAUUUCAGAGCGGAAGGUUGAUAUUCAUGAAGAAUCAGGUGCUUCUUCCAAUCCUUCUUUUGGAGAAUUAGAAAUCCAUGGGGCAAGGGGGAUAGAAGAUGAUUAUCUCUAUGAUGGAGCUCAUGCUGAAGAAUCUUUCAUUACUGCACAUCCCUCGCUUGAUGAGUCAGCAAUUCAUGCUAUUUGUGGUUUGGUGGACAGCCACCACGAAGAACCUGUUUAUGAUUCGAGUCCUCCCUCGGGCAGUAGAUUCCCAUCAUUUUCUUCUGUAUCGUCGGAUUACAAACCAGAUCUACCCGGAAAGAAUGGGGAAGAAGUAGAAGAAAAUGAAGAGAAAGAACGUGAAGUUUAUUCUGAUAGCAUAGGUCCUGUGGAAAUUCAUUCCACUUCUGAUGAGACUGAAACAAGUGCAAGGGAGGUAGGAGAGUCUAGCACCCAUGUUACAAGACAGGCAAGCCCUCUCAUUGCGGAGGUUGGCAUUGAUGGUCAAAAUAACUCAACUGUUUCAGGGUCUGAAUUUGAGGAUGCCUUACUUGAUCCUUCUUCUCUGACUGUUAAUAAGAACGAGAAUGUUGAUCACCAGGAACAUGAUCCUUUAUCUGUUUCUAGUCAAGUGGAGCUGGAAGAGCUGCAUGAAGAUGUGAGAGAGGCUGUAGAUACCAGAACGCAAGAUGUUAGUGCAUCUUUGGUUGACUUGGUUUCUCCUACAGAAGAGGAAGUUGUAUCUACAGGGAUGGUUGAACAACAUCUCCCAGUUGAGAAUACAUGUUCACCUUUAGCAUCUGGUGAUACAAGGGAGCAUGUGACAACACUGGAAGAAUCACCUGGUGUGGUACAUGACAUAGCUGAAACUUCAGUAAACAAGUCAGUAGCUGAAGAGAUGAUGCACGAGGAAGACCAAGCCGGGAAACAAAAAGAUGAAGCCAGUCCUCAAACAUUCAAUGCAGACAUCCCAAUAGACAGCUAUGCCACUUUAUCUUCUGGAGCAGUUGAGUAUGUUGAGACACAUUCAUUUAAUGACGAAGAUGUUCUGCAGUUGGAACAGGAGCCAGUUCAGUCAUCAGUUCCUGAUGCAGAGGAAGAAACUCACCUCGACCAAACAAUGGAUAUUGAAGUAGACUCUGUAAAUGCCACUGCCCAAAAUGUGGGAUCUGAAGAAACAACUCCAUCUGUGUCAGAUAGAGAACUGACCUGGUCAGAUAAAUCUGUGGUAGAACAAUCAUCUCUUGAACCUGGUGAAGAUCAAGUACCAACUCGUGCAGGUCCUGUUAGUGUCGUCUUUUCCCGCAACAUCACUUUCCAUGAGUAUCACGAUGCUCCUGAAGAUACAGCCGAGUUAUCUUGUUUGACGUCUGAUACAUCCUCAUCUCCAGCAGAAUCUCCUGAGUACACGACACCCAUGGUUGGUGAAGGGUCAAGGACAGAAUUCUUCCAAGAUGAUGUGUAUGAGGAGCUUGACCAUGUGGCGGAACAAUUAGAUCAGCUUAUAGACUUGCAUGCAAUACCUCAAAGUCCUCCUGAAGUUUUCACCGAAGAGGCAGACGAGAUAAAAGAGAUUGAUGAAGGAUUGUUAUCUGAACUUGACACGAUUGGAGACUUCAGUAUUAAGGAAGUUGUGACAGAUUCUGAACCUGGGCCAUCUUCAGUAGGACCAGACACCGCCAACGAACUGACCGAAGCUCUGCCUGUUCUCGAAGCGAGGUCGGUUGAAGACAUAGAUUCUGCUUUCCAGCAGAUCCAUGAAGGAUCUGAGGUUGAGGAUGUUAUUCAUCCAAGCGCCCUUCAAGAUCAGUUGGCUCAAGAAAAUUAUGGAAAUUCAACAGAGACAAAGUCAGAUUUAGUAGUUGUGGAAGCUACGACGAAGGAAAAUCUGGGUAAUGCUUUGAAUGUUGUAGAAAGCAUGGGCGUGCAAACAAAGUCACCUGAAGCAGAUGGUGGGUCUGGAGAAAUCAUGUGUGCGGUUGAAACCGAACCAUCAGAGUCCUUGGUUGAAGAAAAAUAUCUUGAUGAAACAACCGUUCCUCUGAACAACACACCCAAGAAAGAAGAAGAAGAAGAAGAAGAGGAAAGUAGCACAAGAGAGAUAACAACAUCUGAUGUCUUACCUCUUGAAACUCAAUCCCUAGAGGAAAUUCCCAAGCCUUCUGAACCAAAAGAGGGGAUGGCAAUGGAUGUAAUCUCUGAAAGAGGGGUGAUUCCCACAGAAGCCGCUGGUCCGAGUAAUGUAACAGUAAGUGAUGAAGUUAUGACCGAGGAAGCCAAAGGUGAGACUGAGAGAAAAGCAGAUGAGAAUUUACCGGGUCCUGAGACCAAAGAAACUCCAGCGAAAUUGGAGGAAAACAUUACAGAGCAAAAAGGAAAGGAGGAGUAGAAGACGAAGAAGAAGAGCAAGUCCAAUUCUUCACGCUCAAGCUCAAGUUCUAGUUCUUCGAGUGACUCAGAUUGAGAAAUGGAAGGGUAAUGCAUCUCAACUCAAGUAAAUAUAUCUUUGUUACGUGGUAAUGAUAGGCAUUUCUGGGUUUUUUUUUUUUUUCCAUUAGACUGUGUGCUCUGUUUUAAAAAGGGGCAAGAAGAAAGCCGCUAAGCAUAUUUUUGUACCAAGUUUUCUCCUUUGUUUUGGUUUUUGUUUGUCUGUGUUCCUUUUUCUCCUCUUUCAGCUUUCAUAUUUAUUGAUUCGAUUGAUUUGUAUCUCUUGAAAUGUAUUUUGAAGUUUUUCAGGGUUUUUUGGUUUGUGACUUCAAAUUAUUUCUCCGGUUUUUGCUAUGAGCAUUGUAAAAUAAUGGACUCUAUCUACGGUAAUGCCGUUAAGGUGCGAUAUUUUUUUGGUGGUUCAGUUGUAAAUCUCUUAUUUACUAGGAAGCA